GUGGUGGUGUUGGACUCGCAGCUCCCAGUGGCACUGCCGAGCCAGCCACUCCCUGUGUCCUGCCUCUCCCUCCCCGCAAUCCAGCACUAAUGAAUAUUUCAGUCCCUCUGGGUGUUAUUUUUAGGUACGUGCGAGAGGGCCGCUUUCGCAUCGAGGAGAGGACACUGACGGCUUUCCAGUGGCUCUACUCCCCCCACCAGCACCGCAUCGUCAGCCGGGCAGACCUGGGCUCUCCCACCAGGAUCGACAAGACAAUGCUGGCCAGCCUGAAGAUCAAGAAGCAGGAGCUGCUGAACAGCGCGGAUGUGACGGUCCCGGAGCGGCCGCUGUCCCCCCCCCUGACGGCCCCCCCGACCAUGAAGUCGGCAGAAUUCUUCGAAAUGCUGGAAAAAAUGCAGGCACCAAAACUGGAAGAACAGAGGUCUGGAAGCCAGAAACACAAGGAAGACUACAUCCCAUACCCCAGCAUUGAUGAGAUCCUGGAGAAGGGCAGCCCAUACCCAUUGAUCAUCCUGCCCCAGUUUGGGGGGUACUGGAUCGAAGACCCAGAAAACCUUGGCACACCCACCUCGUCUGACAGCAGCAUCUGCGAGGAGGAGGAGGAGAACCUGAGCCCCAGCACCUACGGCUACAAGCUGGAGUGCAAGGGAGAGGCCAGAGCCUACCGCAAGCAUUUCCUGGGGAAGGAUCAUUUAAAUUUCUACUGUACAGCCAGCAGCCUCGGAAACCUGAUCCUUUCUGUUAAAUGUGAGGAGACAGAUGGCACAGAAUAUUUAAGGGUUAUACUCAGGUCUAAAGUGAAGACGUUGCACGAAAGGAUCCCACUGGCAGGACUCAGCAAGCUCCCAAGCAUCCCCCAGAUUGCAAAGGCCUUCUGUGAUGAUGCCUCUGGGCUGAAGUUUAACCCGGUUCUCUACCCCAAGGCAUCCCAGAUGAUAGUGUCCUAUGAUGAACAUGAGGUCAACAACACCUUCAAGUUUGGUGUGAUCUAUCAGAAGUUCAGGCAGACCCAAGAGGAGGAGCUUUUUGGCAAUAAUGAAGAGAGCACUGCCUUCAAAAACUUCCUAAGUUUUCUGGGAGACACCAUAACACUCCAGGACUUCAAAGGUUUUCGAGGAGGCCUGGAUGUCAGCCAUGGGCAGACGGGAGCAGAGUCUGUGUACACGGUGUUCAGGGACAGGGAGAUAAUGUUUCAUGUCUCUACAAAGCUGCCUUUUACCGAAGGAGACACACAACAACUCCAGAGGAAGAGGCACAUUGGCAAUGACAUCGUGGCAAUUAUCUUCCAAGAGGAGAACACGCCGUUUGUCCCAGACAUGAUUGCCUCCAACUUCCUGCACGCCUACAUCGUGGUGCAGGUGGAGAACCCCGAGGGGGAUAACACGGCCUACAAGGUGUCAGUCACAGCCCGGGAGGAUGUCCCCUCCUUUGGCCCAGCCCUGCCCAACCCGCCGGUGUUCCAGAAGAGCCCCGAGUUCCGGGAGUUCCUGCUGACCAAGCUCAUCAAUGCCGAGAACGCCUGCUGCAAGUCUGACAAGUUCGCCAAGCUGGAGGACCGGACACGGGCUGCCCUGUUGGACAACCUCCACGACGAGCUCCACGGGCACACGCAGACCAUGCUGGGGCUGGGGCCCGAGGAGGACAAGCUGGAGAAUGGGGGUCAUGGAGGCUUUCUGGAGUCUUUCAAGAGAGCCAUCCGUGUGCGCAGCCACUCCAUGGAGACGAUGGUGGGCAGCCAGAAGAAGCACCACGGCAGCGGCAUCCCGGGCAGCCUCAGCGGGGGCAUCGCACACAACAGCGGCGAGGUGACCAAGGCCACCUUCUCACCCCCUGUACCAGCCACUGCUGCCAAGAACCAGUCCAGGAGCCCCAUCAAGCGCCGGUCGGGGCUGUUCCCUCGCCUGCACACGACGUCGGAGAGCCAGGGGGAGAGCAGGACAAGGUGUGACAGUGUUUCUGGAGCCCAGAAGACACCAGAUUUGGGACAUUCUUCCCAAGAGAUGAAGUCUGAAACCUCGUCCAACCCUAGCUCCCCUGAAAUAUGCCCCAACAAAGACAGGCCAUUUAUCAAGCUGAAAGAGAACGGGCGCUCGAACAUCUCCCGUUCCUCCUCCAGCACCAGCAGCUUCAGCAGCACGGCGGGGGAGAGCGAGACCCUGGAGGAGUAUGACAGCGUGGGAAGCCAGCCCUCCACUGCAUCGCCAUUCAAGCAGGACGUGUUUGUCUACAGUGCUUCAUCUGGCAGUGAGAGCCCCGGCGCAGGAGCCAUGGCAACCCCUGUCAUCAUGAGCAGGAGCCCCACAGAUGUAAAGAACAGAAACUCUCCGAGGUCCAACCUGAAGUUUCGCUUUGACAAGCUGAGCCACAGCAGCUCCAACACAAGCCACUAGCAGGAGGAGGUAAUGAACCUGUCACAGAGAAUUUUUGUUUCAACAAAGGGAAAGCUCUUCAACACCCCAUGGGCCCCCACGUGCCCCAGCUGUGGGCAGUGAGGUGCCCACACCUGCCUUGCCUGCUGUGCCGGGAAGGAGCUCUCACCUUGCCACAGCCCUGCCCUGACAGGGACCAGCCACCUUUCCCCUUGCUCUACCCCUGCCCAGCACAUGCCCUGUGCCCCCAGCUCUGCAUGUGGGAGGGGAUGUGUCUUCAGCUGUGCCACCCACACGUGUGGCCAGGGCCGUGACCCCUCCGGGUGCUGUGCUGGGUCACCCCGUGGGCACCCACGUGUGCUGUGGCUGGUGGGCACCAGCU